AUGGACGAUUUACCAGGAGCUACGCCUCCGCCUCCGCCUCCGCCUCCGCCUCCACCUCCGCCUCCACCUGCAACGGUUCACGAAGACGAUGCAAUUGAAGCGGAAUUUCAGAAUGACUUUGAAGGCGAUUCAGCUUAUGCGGGUUCAUCGUACGCGGGUUCAGCGCCUGGAUCGCUUACUGAAACGCUUUCUUCCGCCGUUACAAGGGGCGUCGAGGAACAUGGGAGGACCUACGCUGCAUACGGAAACGAAGAAUAUGGCCUCCCAAUCGACGAAGAAGAGCUGGAUCGAAUCGACAUGUCCCAUGCGAAAUAUAUAAUGCUGCUCGACAAGAAGCUGUUUCUUGCUCCUAUCAACCCCCAACCCCAGCGAAUUUUGGAUCUGGGGACCGGCACCGGACUAUGGGCGAUCAAUGUGGCUGAUGCGUUUCCUUCUGCCGAGGUAUUAGGAUUAGAUAUUGCCCCUGUUCAGCCACAAUGGGUGCCAGCAAACUGUCGCUUCGAGAUCGACGACGUCGAACAGUCGUGGGUUUUUGGGAAUAACACUUUUGAUUUAAUUCAUGCAAGGGAUUUGCUCCUCUCAAUUCGGGACUGGCCAAAACAAACCAAACCAGGGGGCUACACCGAGUUGCAAUGCGUGUACCCGAAGGUUCGUUGUGAUGAUGGUUCGGCGCCGCCUGAUAGCGGCCUAUUCGAAUUCAGCAGACAAGCGCUACAAGCAUCUACAAUCUUGGGAGUACCCCUUGAUGCUUGUACUCGGUAUGCCGAGUACAUGACAGCAGCAGGGUUUGUGGACGUGGUUGAGAAGCGCAUCAAGAUGCCAACUUCAGCUUGGCCGAAAGAAAAGCGCUUGAAGCUUAUUGGUGCGUUUGAAAUGCACAACAUGGUACAAGGGGUGAGUGCGAUGAGUUUGCGGAUGUUUAACAAGGCGUAUGGUUGGUCUCGCGAGCAGAUCGAGAUGUUUCUGAUACAAGUGAGGAAGGAUACACAAAAUGUGCGGUACCACACUUAUUAUGACUUGUAA